AAAUGAGCAAAAUAGAACCUCAAUUCACACCUGACCUUAACCAUGACCUCAGAAAUGACCGUGCUUUGGUCCCGACAAGGUUGGUGUUUACACCAGAGAAGGUCCCAAUGAGGUAAUAAAAAUGUGCACGCAUACACACACAUACACACAUACAAGUUGUCCUAAGUCACUUUUGGGGACAUUAGAUAGAUUUACAUUAAUUUCUUGGAGACUUACCUUAACCUGACCCAAAAAUCUGACUUUUGUCCCCAACUGGACAAGUCAUCCUCAUUUAACUGGUCGUAAGUCUGAAAUUAGUCCCCAAAAGUAGCCUACGACAGACACACACACACACACAGACACACACACACACACACAGAGCUUAGGUCAUGUUGACUUAACUUGCCUUCAUCUGUUUUUUGCUUUUAGCCGUGAUGAACGUGCUUCUGACCAUCUGUGCACUAAGAAUGUAUGGACUCAAACGUUGCCAUGGCGGUGACGAUGGUGAUGAUGAAGGAGAUGAAGAUGAUGUUAAAGUCAAAUCAUCAUGUAUGCUUGGCCGCUCAUGGUCGCUACGCUCAGAAGCUGCUGACUGACUUAUUCUCCAACUACACCAACGCUUUGCGGCCGGUGGAGGACACCGACCACAUCAUCAACGUCACGCUGCAGAUCACCCUCUCCCAGAUCAUCGACAUGGAUGAGAGGAACCAAAUCCUUACCACCUACCUGUGGAUCCGCCAGGUGUGGAUGGACGCCUACCUCACCUGGAAGAAGGAGGACUACGACGGCCUCGACACCAUCCGCAUACCCAGCAGCUACGUGUGGAGACCUGAUAUCGUCCUGUAUAACAGUGCAGACGACGUAUUCUCCAGCUCCAUGGAGACCAACGUGGUUCUCCGUAAUGAUGGCCAGGUCAUGUGGGACCAGCCGGCCAUCACCAAGAGCUCCUGCUCUGUGGACGUGGCCUUCUUCCCCUUUGAUGUGCAGGAGUGUCACUUCACCUUCGGCUCCUGGACUCACAACGGCAACCAGAUGGACCUGUCCAACGCCUUGGACAGCGCUGACCUGGCGGACUUUGUUCCCAAUGUGGAGUGGGAGGUUCUGGGCAUGCCAGCAAAGAAGAACGUCAUCCUGUACGGCUGCUGUUCUGACCCGUACCCAGACAUCACCUUCACCCUCCACCUGAAGAGGCGUGCCUCCUUCUACAUCUUCAACCUCCUCAUCCCCUGCAUGAUGAUCUCCUUCCUGGCUCCGCUGGGCUUCUACCUGCCGGCUGACUCGGGUGAAAAAGUUUCUCUGGGUGUCACGGUGCUGCUGGCCCUCACCGUGUUUCAGUUGCUGGUGGCUGAGAGCAUGCCGCCCUCCGAGAGCGUCCCGCUGAUAGGAAAGUACUACAUUGCUACCAUGACGAUGGUCACUGCAUCAACAGCGCUCACCAUCUUCAUCAUGAACAUUCACCACUGCGGUGGGGAGGCUUGUCCGGUCCCGGAGUGGGCCGAGCGCUUCAUCCUUAACCACCUCGCCCGUAUCUGUUUUGUCUACGAGGUCGGUGAGAACUGCUUCAGUACGAAUUCAUCCAGGAAACAACCUCUGUCACAGGAGCAAUCUGACGCCCCGUCGGCCAAUGGCGGCAACCCCAAAGAAACAAACUGGGAUGUGAAUGGGCGGGCAUGGGGAGGGAGGGCGGAGGAGGACAGGGAGGGGGAGUCUCUGAAGCCCGGGAAGGAUUUCACCAACCAGACGGACUGGAAAGAGGAUCUGUUUGUGACCAUCGAGCAGUCGGAGGAGGAAGGAGCUACUGGAGGAAGUGAAGGGCAGGAGGAGGAGUCAAACAGUACCUGUGGAGGAGGAGGAGGGCGAGUUGAAGAAAAGAAAGGUGUAGGAGGUGAAGGAGGAGGCGGAGCCGGGGAGAACAGGAAGAAGAUCUUGGUGAGAACCCAGUGUGUUUGCCAGCACCAGGGACUGUGUGGUGCCGUUGAGUACAUUGCCAACUCAUACAAGGACCAGCGAUCCGCGCAGAUGCGCAUCGGGGAGUGGAGGAAGGUCGCCAAGGUCAUGGAUCGCUUCUUCAUGUGGCUCUUCUUCAUCAUGGCCUUCUUCAUGAGCAUCCUCAUCCUGGGAAAGGCCAUCUGAUGGAGGCUUCGAAGAAUCAUGAGAGGGUGAGGGAAGAGAAUCUGUUCACCGAUGAAAUUAUUUGUUUAACGUUUUCUUGAAACAAGUGAACAUUGAUGGUUGUAAUACUGUGUGAAUUCCAGAUUAAAGGCUUGAUCCACCAUUUUUUUGUACAGCACAUCAACCCGCCAUAAAUGUACUGUAUAUUCUAUCUGGUAUGUUUGCAAACAAUGAUUUCCACCAGAGUUUAAAAUAUAGAUUUGUGGGUUUGAAAGAGGCUCGGCCACACAGAUGGAUAAACAGGUGGUUACAUCAGAGUUUAUGCAAAAAGAUCAAAGAUAAUUUCAAAUAUUUUAAAAGCAUCACAUCAAAUAUGAAGAUUUUUUAAUUCAACAGUAUGAUCUGUAGCUUGGAAGGUUGCACUACUGUCGUGCCUGCUGUUACCAAGCAACCAAAACCGCUUGCAUCUUUUUGGUUUUUAACGGCGGUUGGCAACCAGCGUUGGCUGACCUUUCAACUGGAUAUUGUGAUGUCCUUGGACAGAAAGGGUGAAGCAAGUCCUGUGGAGCUGAUUAAUUCACGUCACACACAUGACCUGCAGUUUGCUUGCUGCGUUCAAAAAAGUUGAGAUUUUUCCAUCUUGGUGCGCUGUGGACGCGCCCGAAAAAACAGGCACGUUGCAACAAACACGUGCUGCGACGGCAUUGCUUUCAGUUUAGGCGCACUCGUCUCACCUCUCCAUUGAAAAUAAUGAAUUUAAAACAUCUUAACGGCCACUUAAGCAACACAUGCAGCAGCUUGACAGGGAUCGUCGUGAGUUGACGUCAACUCGCACAUCAACUCCGCAGAAAAGCAGCAAUUUUGUCACAUAUUGGCCAAAACUGGCCGCUGUACCCCGACGACUCCUUCUGUCUGGAGGAUGUGUUGAAAGCUGGUGGUUGGAACUUGAGAGUUUAGUGCCCAGUCAUGUAAAGCUUUCAGGGUUUUUUUGUUUCGCAUAAAGAAAAAACCCAAGAAUCGUACGUAACACGUCUCCAGAAACAUCUGCGAUAGAUUCCUGACAUCAAAUACUUCAUGACAAAGUCAGAUUUGCCACAGAAAUGAAUCAAAUUAUUAAUGAUUACAAACCAAACUGUUGGUAUUAUUGAUUUUACUGUGGAUUUUCUUAAAACUGUCUGUUGGGAUUCAGAGAAGAAAAGAGCAAACUAAUUAGUGUCCUCAGAUGCCUUCACAUACAAUAUAUAUUAAUUUAAAGAGCACAGCUUAAGUUAAAUUAGCUAAACUCAUCUAUUUCUAAGGAAAUCUCAAAUAAACUACUAAAGAAAACAAUGUUUUAUGCAGCUGGAUGCAGGAGUCUAUUCUACACACACACACACACAAAUAUAUAUAUAUAUAUAUAUAAAACAUCAUCAUUUUUCACUUGUUUGAAGAAAAGCCUGAUUUUAAAGAUGAAUAUUACUGAAUGUUUUUAAGCGCCAGAUAUGAUAUUAAAUGAUGCAAUGAGCCUCAUUUUAUGUUUGUGAUGAUCAAAAGAUGAAAAGAUUCUAUUUGUUUACAUGAUGAGAUGAAUGACAUCACAAUAAACACACAACUCACACUGUCACAGUUUUUUUUAAACGUUAUGUUCGUCACACUGUAUUUAUACAUUUUUCAAUUUAAUAAUGAAUGCAGGAUUUUUUUGAAUUGAAAUCAGUGAUCUGGGACUAAUUGAUCUUUAAUUAAUCAAUUUAUCUUUUAGGCCAGAAUAUAAAAUGUGAGAUAUAAAUACAAUUACAUUACAUUUUACAUUACAUUUCAUUUAGCAGACGCUUUUAUCCAAAGCGACGUACAUAUG